AUGUGCUUGUGGCUUUUAACAGCUUGCUUAGGCUUAUUGCCAGCAAAUUCCGUACCGCCUGCAACAAUCGUUAUUGUACAAGGGGUACCGACACCGAUCCUUCAGCCUACUACAGCAGCUACUACAGCAGCUACUACAGCAGCUACUACAGCAGCUACUACGCAAGCUACUACGGCAGCUACUACAGCAGCUACUACAGCAGCUACUACAGCAGCUUCUACAGCAGCUACUACGGCAGCUACUACAGUAGGUACUACGGCAGCUACUACAGUAGGUACUACGGCAGCUACUACAGCAGCUACUACGGCAGCUACUACAGCAGCUACUACGGCAGCUACUACAGCAGCUACUACGGCAGCUACAACAGCAGCUACUACGGCAGCUACUACAGCAGCUACUACAGCAGCUACUACGGCAGCUACUACAGUCGCAACUACUACAACCACUCCAGCACCGACAACGACGAUGAUGCCACCCACAACUGCUCCAACAACCACCACUACAGUCGCUCCAACUACCACAACAGCUCGAGUGACAAUAAGUGGUAACAACUCUUCACCUAUACCACCACAAGGAAAUAAUACAAGUCCAUCAACGACAAACUCAAUGCUACUAACAACUGCCAUGCCUGCUAGUUCUAGUUCCAUAACUAACCAAUUAUCAUCUACAACAGCAACUAACACUCUGAUGGCGGGUGGACAAAAUUUACCUGUUUUGCUUUGUGAGAACCCUGAUGUUAUUUGUAUUUUUAAUCCCGAUGAAAACGCUACAGGGCCGAUCCAGAUUGAUCCAAGACUCGGCACUACACCCACCUCAGCAGCAGCACUACAGGGUCCACAAAUAACUGGCUAUAAUGGACAAGUUGUAUUAUAUGACUCGGCUGUAAAAUUUCCUAGAGAACGUAGAAGUCUUCACUAUAAACAAUUACAGCAAGAAAGAAAUAUAAAUUUUUACAACAACGGUGAACACAAGAUACGCAAAAGACAAAGUUGCCGAUGCGUACCUACAGGUACUUGUGUAAGAAGUUCGUCUGGAGCGGGUAUGAUUGACUUUAGAAUUGUGACUCCUACUAAUGCACCUUGUCCCGCUGGACAAGAGUAUUGUUGCGGAAGUACAACUUCUACUGCAGUGUCAAUAGCAUGCGGUACCUUACAAACAUCGCCGUCCCCUGCCGUUGUGCCUGCUGCAGGACAAGCUAAUUUUGGAGAGUAUCCGUGGCAGGUCAUAAUUCUUACUAGACAAAAUGAUUAUAUAGCUGGAGGUGUGCUUAUAGAUCAACGCAACGUCUUAACUGUUACACAUCGAAUGUCGAGCUAUAUCGUUUCAGGAACAGCACCAAAUGUGAAAGUCAGGUUAGGCGAGUGGGAUGCUGCUGGUACCUACGAACCAGUACCUUUUCAAGAAUACAAUGUGGCAAGAGUUUUUACUCACCCUUCUUAUAACUCUAAUACUUUACAGUACGACAUCACCGUAUUGCGACUCUCAGCAAUGGUACCUCUUACACCUCAAAUUGGAUCCGCAACUACUAUAAACAGAGCUUGUCUUCCUCCGAUGUCCACGUCCACGUAUACUGGUCAAAGAUGUUGGGUGUCAGGUUGGGGCAAAGAUAUGUUUGGUCUUCAGGGUCAGUACCAACAGAUUUUGAAGAAAGUAGAUGUGCCUAUAGUAGCUCCAGCAACUUGUCAAACUCAAAUGCAAGCUGCUCGCCUGGGACCUACUUUCGUGCUUGAUACAACAUCUUUUAUCUGUGCAGGAGGAGAGGCCAGCAAAGAUUCUUGUACGGGUGACGGUGGAUCUGGCUUGGUUUGUCAAGUGAACGGACAGUGGGUGGUGGUGGGAUUGGUGGCGUGGGGUCUUGGGUGUGCUAAUGCUAACGUACCUGCUGCCUACGUGAAUGUUGCUGCACUACUGCCCUGGAUACAACAACAAGUUGCAACUGCCUAGAUGACUUAUUUUUAAGAAAUAUUUAAUCAUAGUGUUUAAUUUUACUGCAUAUUUAAUUUUUUCUAUACUGUCGCUAAAAUAAAAGAGUAUUUCAAGUGAA